CUCUAACUCCUUGCUAGCUAGUGAAGUAUAUUCAAUUAAAAUGCCUCGCUUUUUGUAAAUGUAAGUUUCCAACCUAAAGGCGGGCAUCCAAAGAUUUGAAGAAGAAAUCCAGAGAAACUUAAAAUUUGGCGAAAGGUUUGUUUGGACCUUGGAGUGGAGCAAGGGGAGGAUGCAAUGGCAAUGGGAGAAUGCCACGGCUGGGGCAAUCGCCGGUUUUACUACUGUUGCUGCGCUUCAUCCCCUCGAUGUUGUUAGAACCAGAUUUCAAGUAAACGAUGGCCGGCUUACUCGAUUCCCUUUAUAUACAAAUACAGCCAACGCCCUCUACACAAUCGCACGAACAGAGGGGUUGAGGGGACUUUAUUCUGGCUUCUUUCCUGCAGUUUUAGGUUCAAGUUUGUCAUGGGGCCUGUAUUUCUUCUUCUACAGCAGAGCAAAGCAUAGAUACCAAAAAGAUACUGGGGAGCAGCUGGGACCUGGUCUUCAUCUCGCUUCAGCUGCUGAAGCAGGCACACUUGUUUGUCUAUUUACAAAUCCAGUGUGGCUAGUCAAAACCAGAUUACAACUUCAAGUUCCCGGGAGUGCAGCUCAUCAGCCAUAUUCAGGUUUCUUUGAUGCUUCGAGGACCAUUUUUAGAGAUGAAGGUUGGCGUGCACUCUAUAAAGGCCUUGGACCGGGACUUUUACUUGUUUCCCAUGGAGCUAUCCAAUUUACAGCAUACGAGGAAGCUCGCAAGUUUGUAAUUAAAUCGAGAAACAAGCAAUGCAAUGAUGGAAAUAUUCAUGGAGAUGAAGUAUUGACUUCCGCAGACUAUGUUGCCAUGGGAGCUUUUUCAAAGAUUUUUGCUGCUUUAUCAACAUAUCCAUAUCAGGUGAUUCGAGCUCGUGUACAGCAACGACCGAAUUCUGAGGGUGUGCCAAAAUAUAGAGACAGUUAUCAUGCAUUGACGGAAACAUUGAGGGACAGGGUCCCAGGGACGCUCAGCUUAUGUUUCCGUUUUCGUGUUGUAGAUUUGAAGGGAUACGUGGACUGUACAAAGGCAUUGUUCCAAAUCUAUUGAGGAAUGUUCCAGCUUCUUCAAUUACUUUUUUAGUUUAUGAAAAUGUACUCAAGUUCUUCAAGUGAUUGGAUACACAAGAUUUGAAGUUUUAACAAUAGGCGAUUUUUUUCCCAAUAAAAAUAUUUGUACAGUAUAUGCAUGUAUUAUACUGUUUUGCCAUAUGUAUUAUUUAUUGACAAAUAACUUUGUAAGAAGCAUUAUAAGGUAAGUUAAAUUUUCCUUUAAUGUGACGACUAUGUACAAUAUUACCAUAUAAUUUGAAGGCGAAGGGGAGUUGGGAGAAAUAAAUUGAGAUGAAUUUAUUCUCUUAUGGUGUAGACAAAAAUAAUUGAGAUGAAUUUAUUCUCUUAUGGUUUA